AUGGACUACAUCCAGCUCGCCUUCUCGGACGCCUCGGGAUGGAACCGCGAUAACUCAUAUUCUACCCUGACAGACACCGCAAAAGCUCUUCUUGACUUUUCUACUCCAGAGAGACUUCGCGUUCACCUAUCUUCUCUCUCCACCCCACAGUUUGCGACAACAUACACACUCGGGACAGUAGGCCUCAUAGAUGGCUCCGUCUCGUAUCUAUUCAGUACCAUACCUCUUGACAAGACGCCCAGUCGAAGUGCCCUGAUAUCCCUACGCAGCCUUGUACCAGGGUACAGACAGAUAUACCCGCCUGCUGUCCCGCUAGACCUAGGCUUAGAAUGGACUCUAGGCAGCAGUGGCAAUACCGGUGCUGCAGAACAGGCACUCUCGAACGCCUAUGAGGACACAGGGAGGUCAGAGAGGAAGAGAAAGGCAACUCUGCUUCAUGCCACGCUACAUCUACCGCCUCCAACAACGCUUACGGCUCUUUUCCUGCACCGUCCUUCACCAACGACAAAGGUCUCUGUUGCCUUAUGGUCUAGCCAAGCCACCAAUAUAUCAAAAUCAGCAUCGCCACAGGCGUCGAUAUUAACUCAAUUGUUCCACGAUACCGGUAAAUAUAGCACCGAAUUCUUGUUUAGUACAGACAAUACAUUAUUCGGAUUCCGGGGGUUAUGGAACUUUGGCCCUGACCCAAGGGACUCGGGUGGUCGAAAUAUUGCAACAGGUAACGUAAAAAGGGAAAAGACCUCUUGUCCGCAGUCUGUAGCACUCCUCUCUGCUGGCGGAGAGGCUUACUAUUCACCAACUUCCAGCGUCAUCGGCCUCUCGACCGGUGUGCGCUUCACCACACUGCCUGCUGCUUAUGAUGCACGAUCAAGCUCUACUUCUCCACCAACACUUGGUGGUGCCGGUGGUAGCCAGAUCCCUUCUCCAAUCUCGACCUUCCCAUAUACACUUACAUUGACAUUAACCCCCCUAACGGGCUCUUUAUCAACGACCUACUCCCUCCUCGCUUCUCCGAACCUAGCGCUCAGCUCCCGCUUUGGAUUCAAUGUAUACAGCUGGGAAAGUGAAAUGGUUGCUGGAUGUGAACUAUGGAGAAACAGGAAAAAGAUCAAUUUACAUAACUACAACCCCGACGGAAGCGUUGAUGACCUGGCCUGGGCAAAGAGGAAGCUCGGUCUCUUACCUCCCUUGGAGUCUUCGGACCCAGCUUCAUCGUCUUCGUCGGUAUCGCCUACAGUAUCCCCUGUAACUUCGGAAUCAGUUAUCAAGCUCCGUGUUGACCAAUCUUUGAGGGUGCGGCUCCUUUGGGAAGGCCGUAUAAAGGAUCUGCUAGUCAGUGCUGGAGUUGCACUUGGUCCAACAUCUGCACAUACCCCGUCAAUAUCAUGUUCAGGCGGGUCUUCAUCUAAGGGCUAUAGCUGGACAGGCGUGGGUGUGUCCGUAUUAUACUCUUCAUGA